AUGACCAGUAAGACCAUGCGUGCUGUGGUCCUCUCCGCCGCCAGAGAAAUCUCGGUGCAGGACAAGCCAAUCCCGACGGUACAGAAUGGGGGAGAUGUGAUUGUCCGGGUCCACCUUGCCGGUCUAUGCGGCUCUGAGCUGCAUACGUAUCGCGGCCAUGCAGGUCCUCAGACUGGACCUAUCGUCAUGGGCCACGAGCUGGUAGGGGAGAUUGUCGAGAUAGGGCCGGACGUCAAGCUUUGGAAGCAGGGCGACAAGGUCAUCAGCCCCUUCUCCCUCUCGUGCGGUGCCUGCUUUUACUGCGACAGAGGCCAUACAUCACGGUGCGAGAAGCAGACUUUGCUUGGUACGCCCUCACACGACGGCGCUCAGGCAGAGUACGUCCGGAUCUCCAUGGCCGACGCUUGCCUCUUCCGCCAGCCAGAGGAUAUACCGCCACACCUGACGCUCUUGCUCGCGGAUGUGGUGCCGACGGGUCUCAGCAUGGCACACCUGGCGCUGCAGAUCCUGAACGUGGACAAGCCGGAGAAGGAGGUAGCUGGGGUUUGCGUGGUGAUUGGCUGUGGACCCGUCGGCUUGUGCGCCAUCACUGCAGCAAGAGAACGCUUCCGCACAGUCUUCGCUACCGAUCUUCACCCGAAACGCCUCGAGCUGGCUACGAAGCAUGGAGCGGCAGCACUUCCUCUCGACCAGCUCCGGACCGAGCUUCUCAAGGCUACCGAUGGACGAGGAGCAGAUGCGGUCCUAGAGCUCGUAGGGCAUGCCGACGCUCUAUUGACUGCUACGGAGCUGGUCCGACCAUACGGGGUCAUCAGUUCUGGAGGGGUUCAUAAUCAGACUCUGGAGCUGCCGGGGAAGGUCAUGUACGGGAAGAAUAUCCGGAUGGUGUUUGGUCGAUGCUCCGUACGGACGUUCCUUCCUGAAGCUACCAACCUCUUAAGGAACAACAUCGAUCUCUUCAGUACGUUUGUCGAAGAGACAGUAAGCGUGGAGAAGGCGCAAGAAUACUAUGAGCGGUUCGAGCGGAAUGAGGUGGGAAAGGUGGCUUUCAGGAUGAAAGAGGAUUGA